AUGUCAGGUUUUCUGAAUUACCAUGGAGAACCUAAAAAGCUUGUAGUUAAGAGAAAUAAUAAACAACUGAUAAAAGGGGAAAAUAAAAAGAAGAUAUGUAUCGAGGGGAAUAUUGCGAGUGGAAAAACAACAUGCCUGGAUUAUUUUGCAGAAACUACCAGCAUUGAGGUUUUGACAGAACCAGUGGCUAAAUGGAGAAAUGUUCGUGGUCAUAAUAUUCUGGGCUUAAUGUACCAAGAUGCAUCAAGAUGGGGGAUAACAUUACAGACAUACAUACAGCUUACCAUGUUGGAACAGCACACCAGACCAAUGAUUUCCUCUGUAAGAAUGAUGGAGAGAUCAAUUCACAGUGCAAAAUACAUUUUUGUAGAAAACUUAUAUCAAAGUGGAAAAAUGCCAGAAGUGGAUUAUGUUGUCCUGACUGAGUGGUUUGAUUGGAUCAAGAACAAUACGGAUGUGUCGGUUGAUUUGAUAGUCUAUCUGCAGACUUCUCCUGAAGUUUGUUAUGAGAGAUUAAAGAGAAGAUGCAGAGAAGAGGAAAAGAUCAUUCCCUUGGAAUAUUUAGAAGCUAUUCAUCAGCUCUAUGAAGAAUGGUUGAUUAAACAGACACGUUUUAAAGUUUCUUGUCCUGUUCUUGUUAUUGGAGCUGACCAUGACAUGCAGAAAAUGGUAGAGAAGUAUGAAGAAAACCGGGACCAAAUACUAAACCCAUAUAAUAUGCAGCACUGUUUAUAGAAGUCUGUUGCUGUAUUUUAAAAAUCAUGAUUAUGAAGUCUGAUUUUGGAG